UGUACCGAGAACAUCAUGAAUCAGCUUAUACCUACAGUGUCCCAAUGCCACAACAAAAAUGUAUCUUUGGCGUGGGCACAACUCGAGUUUGUGCAGACUCCCGCGUGAUCCCCAUGGAGAGCCUUUCAAUCAGCACCAUGAGUCCUUAUCAUCGCUUUACACAGUCGCAAGCGAAACCCUCCGAUUACCUCACUACUAUGGUACUUACAAGAUGUCUGUGUGUGAUGGUUUUUAAUCAUACUCUCGAUUCUAUUCUGUGCCAUGAAUUUCUUGUAAAGGCGGAUGAGCGAAUUCCAUGUAAGAAACAGGAGUUGGUUGUGCAAAUUGUUAAUUUGUGAUUGUGACCCGGUAAUUAGGUAUCUAAAUCGUACAUACCAAGCAAAGAAGAUAGUCUGGUUGACCAAUUCAUCUCAACAUCAAAGUAAGCAUGUUUCUCGCCCGCAAAGCAAUUCGUUCACAAACAUCUAAGAAGAAUAGCCUUAUCAAACAACAAUUUACAUACUUGUCCUCAAAAAGAGACAUUGCCGGAGUAAUCCGAUCUGACUUUCCAGAUAUAGACAUCCCAAAUACUACAAUACCAGAAUACAUUUUUGAAAAUUUUCUGACGUAUCCUAACAAAAUCGCAGUGGAAUGUUCUCUUACUGAAAAGAAGUUUACCUUCGACGAGGUACUCUGUAAGUCCAGAAACCUGAGUGGAGCACUGCGACAGAAGUUAAAGUUGAAUCCUGGUGACGUCGUUGCUGUAUUACUUCCCAAUAUGCCAGAUUAUCCGAUUUGCGUGUUUGGUAGUUUAAUGGCAAGUUUAAAGGUUACAACGAUUAAUCCUAUUUAUACUCCAACCGAAAUAAGCGUACAAUUAGAAGAUACCAACGUAAAAGCUCUUUUUACACUUAUGGAACAUGUACCAAAAGCACAAGCUUCGAUGAAACUUACACAUAGGCGCGUACCCAUCAUUGGAAUUAAGAUGAGAGAGGCAGAUACGGUAGCAGAGGGUGCGAUUGAUAUGAGGGAGUUCGUUAACACCAAAACAGAUAUACAAGACUUCCCAUCGGCCGAUUCAAACGAUACCGCUCUACUUUUCUAUUCUAGUGGUACAACUGGUUUGCCAAAGGGGGUAGAGCUUACACAUCGGAACAUAAUCUCAAACGUGAUGCAAAGUAGUGAUCUGCGAGUGCGCAUGUUUCAAGAGGCAACCGCUGAAAGGCAAGAUGUUGUACCCGUCAUUGUCCCCAUUUUCCAUAUAUUCGGAUUUUCAUCAGUUCUCCUUGUACACCUGCAUAAGAUGUGUAAGAUGGUGACCAUGCCCAAAUUUGAUGCCCACCCGUUUGUAGAGUUGCUCGCCCGUCAUCAACCGCACAUACUGAUGCUAGUCCCUACAAUAGUUAAUUUCAUGGCGAAGGAACCGUUAGUUAAAAAAGAGUAUCUAGAAUCCGUGCGGUUUGUUCUCGCAGGAGGAGGUCCCUUAACGGCAAGCGACCUAGAAAACCUCAGCCAUAAGGUGGCUAAUAAUGUCGCUGUCAAUCAAGGAUACGGACUAACAGAAACAUCGCCGGCGGUAUUUAUGCCUAGUAUACGGACUCGUAAGCUCGGAACUCGCGGAAGUGUUGGUGAAUUAUUGUCCAACACCUCAGUAAUGCUAAGAAAAGCUGAUAACUCUGAUAUUAUAAUAACAUCUCCCAAUGAACCGGGGGAAUUAUUUGUCAAAGGACCACAGGUCAUGAAAGGUUAUUACAACAGACCGGAGGAAAAUAAAGGCGCAUUUCUGAACGGCUGGUUUAAAACCGGAGAUUUAGCCUACUAUGACGAAAAUAAACUUUUUUUCGUUACUGAGCGAUUAAAAGAACUAAUAAAGGUGAAGGGGUACCAAGUGUCUCCGGCCGAGCUCGAGGGACUCUUACGUGAGCAUCCGGACGUUCUUGAAGCUGCAGUACUUGGAGUACCUCACGAGCGGUACGGCGAAGCUCCUACAGCCUACGUGAUUCCAAGACCUAAUCGUAAUAUUAACAUUGACAAUAUUCAUAUGUACAUCGCUGAAAGGGCCGCAAAUUAUAAACAUCUGGUUGGAGGAAUUCAAAUUACGGACAAUAUUCCAAAAACGGCGUCCGGAAAGAUUUUGAGGAAAGAAUUAAGAAAAAAGUAUAUGGAAGAAAUUUCGUGAAGCACUCCUGUAUUAUGUGUUAAUAAUUAAUCAGACUAAAACCGCAUGGAUUGGUUUUCGAAAUACGGUGGUUGCAUUAGUACUGUGUAUAAAGAACCUGAAUUAUUUCAAUAAUUAUUGUUACUAAACAACUAGUAUUAUAUAAGAA